CUACAAACUUCAAACAGUGGGCCCCCUAAUCUAUUCCAGUUCAACUACCUUUCUACUUCUCCAUACGACGACGUCGCUCUCUCUCUCUCUCUCUUGUGUUUCACUGCGAGUUGCUUCUCCCACACACACGCGCACAUUUUCUUUUUCUUGUUUUGUUUUCAUUUUCUCAACUCCAGAUUAUAUUAAUCCAUUAUACUUUGCGUCGCUCUGAAUCAACUUUCAUAAACUUGAUUCCUCCCACAAUCGCUUCAUUAUUGUCUUCUUUUUCAUAAUCAUUUGGAGAUCGAAUGAGGCAUUUUUUGGUUUGUGUAUGAAAUUAUGAUAUGAUUGAAAAUUUUGUACAAUUUGAGUGAGAUUUUGAGUUUGAUGGAGGCGGGGAAAGAUCGACCGGAGAAGCAAACCAUGGCGUUUGAUGAGAUGUCGGUGGACAAGAGUAUCAGUUUCGUCACGGCAUUACAGGAACUGAAGAACCUCAGACCUCAACUGUAUUCUGCAGCAGAGUAUUGCGAAAAGUCGUAUCUCAACAGUGAGCAGAAGCAGAUGUUUCUGGACAAUAUGAAGGAUUAUGCUGUUAGAGCUCUAGUCAAUGCAGUUGAUCACCUUGGUACGGUUGCUUACAAGUUGAGUGAUAUCGUGGAGCAACAGACACUGGAGAUCUCAUCCAUCGAUCUGAAAGUUGCAUGUGUGAACCAGAAACUUCUUACUUGUCAAACAUAUACGGAUAACGAAGGCCUCAGGCAACAGCAGUUAUUAGCUAUCAUCCCAAAGCAUCACAAACAUUAUAUGUUGCCAAAUUCCAUCAAGAAGGUCCACUUCAGCCCACAUGUGCAGACAGAUCCUACGCAAUCCAUACUAGUGAAAGGGCGUCAUUACCCUUCAGGUGCUUCAGCUGCAAGAACUCUUUCUUGGCAUUUGGCAUCGGCAACCAAGUCAAACAUGAAAGGUUCCUCAUGCGAUAUACUGAGCACUGAUGAAGCAAAAGUGGCUGGAAAAAGCUCUCCUGCAUUCAACUCGUUAGAUGGUCAGAAGAGUAAGCGGAUGAGAUCUGCUCCAGCCACAAGAGCGGCUAUGCAAACCUUGGGUGUUACAAGACGAGAUUAUUCAGAGGGCCCCAAGCCUCUAACUCAACAUAGGUCAUUCGAUAAUCCGACUGAUUCUCAGAAGGAGAUCGUUCACCCCCCUGUCCGUAGUAAGAGCGUGCUUUCUGCAUUCUUCACCAAGCAAAAAACACCAAACCCGAGGAUGAAGUGAUGAAUCUGUCAUGAAACUAGGACAAAAUAGAAACUUUCAGAUUUCACCAAAUACUUGUGCCUUGCUGAAAGAAAAAAAAAUUGCCCCAACUGUCUAUACUCAAUUGAUGUAGGCUGCUGCUUUUUAUGUGGAUGAAUAAACCAACAAUGACAGUAAAUGAUUUUUCUUGUGCAGAAUAUUUGAUACCUGAUCCUGUAAAUUGGCUUGUAAAAAUUCAUGCAAUCAGAAAGUAUAUAUUUUCACUUGUAUUCCUUUCUGAUUCUUGUAAUUGUAUUUUUUUUUAUAGAGGAAUUCUUGUAAUUGUAAUUGUUCGUUCAAUUAUUUUGGUGAGUAUAUAUAGAAAGGGCCCUUUGAUUGAGUUA